AUGUCAUCUACAGCAGUAAGAGAGGCUGCUGUGCAGCUCGUUAAGACUUUACAAAAGUUUCCUCAGGAAAGGAUCAAGCACUUGGUGUCUUUCAGGGACUCACAAUUAGAGAGAUUUAAACCCAUAGCAGGUUUGGAAACAACGGGUACAGACUCAACAAAGAAGCCUACUUUGAGCGAUAUAAAGGACAUUAUCAAUAGAACUUCGGGGCCUUUGGGUCUUCAGAAGGAUCUAUUGAAAAAAGUUCAAGAAGCACUUCCUCAAGAACAGUUCACAGCGCAAACUAUUGAAGAACAGAAUAAGUCAUUGAACAACAUAAUGAGCAAUAAGUAUAAGACUUACUAUGACGUGGGAAAUAAACUAUACGAACCGCAAGGCAACCCAUUAUAUUAUAAAAGACUGUUGGAUGAAAUUGAGGGGAAAACAAAGGAAACGUUUUUCACUGCGUUAAGGACGGUGGUUUUCGGAAAGUGA